AUGGAUGCCUCCAAGACAAAGACCCCUAAGACGACUGUCAUAACUCUCUCAAGUUCGGAGCAUAACAGCCCUCCCGAGUCUAUCCAACUCGAGGGUGAACAGCCGCCACCACCACCACACCAUGUCUUUGAUAGAUCCAAGAAGCUUCAGAUGGUAUGCAUCGUCUCGUUAGCAGCCAUAUUUUCUCCCUUGUCCUCCAACAUUUACUUCCCUGCCAUGGGAGACAUUUCAAUGUCCCUUAAUACGAGCAUGUCCCUUAUCAGCCUCACCAUUACGGUAUAUAUGAUCGUUCAAGGGCUCGCUCCCUCCUUCUGGGGCUCAAUAUCUGAUGCUACUGGUCGACGACCAGUUUUCAUCGGAACAUUCGUGGUGUAUAUUAUCGCCAACAUUGCUUUGGCCGUGUCCACUAACUAUCCAGAGCUUAUGGUGUUCAGAGCCCUUCAAGCUGCCGGUAGUGCCGCAACCAUCUCGAUUGGGGCGGGCGUUAUUGGUGAUAUUACCACCUCUGCUGAAAGAGGAAGUUUGGUCGGGAUAUUUGGAGGAGUUCGCAUGCUUGGUCAAGGCAUCGGACCGGUCUUUGGUGGUAUUUUGUCCCAAUACUUAGGGUACCAUUCCAUCUUCUGGUUCCUCACUAUCACUGCAGGUGUGAGCCUGCUUUCUAUCCUGACCUUCCUCCCCGAAACUCUGAGACCCAUCGCUGGAAAUGGGAGCGUUCCCCUCAAUGGCUUAUAUAAGCCAUGGAUAUACCAUGUCUUCCCACAGAAGGACGUCGAGGAGGGUUCAACAUCGGGAUUGUGUAAGACCAAGGUGUCGUUCAAGGCCGUUCUCGCCCCUUUUACCUUCCUAGGAGAGAAGGAUGUAUUCCUCACCCUAUUCUUUGGAAGUAUUGUCUACACUGUUUGGAGCAUGGUGACUUCAAGCACAACAUCUUUGUUUCAAGAGGUGUACAAUCUAUCAACUUUGCAGGUCGGGCUUACCUUCCUGGGCAAUGGUUUUGGUUGCAUGUCUGGAUCCUACAGUGUCGGCUAUCUAAUGGAUUACAACUACCGCAAGACGGAACGUGAAUACUGCCAGAAACGUGGAUACCCAUCUGGCACCCGUGUCACCCCGAAGUCCCACGCCGAUUUCCCCAUCGAGCUCGCCCGUAACCGCAACACAUGGUGGGUGAUUGCGUUGUUUGUGGUGUGCACCGCACUCUUUGGUGUGUCGCUUCGUACCAACCUGGCCGUUCCUAUUAUCCUGCAGUACUUCAUAGCCUUCUGCUCUACUGGGAUUUUCACUAUAAACAGCGCCCUGCUCAUUGAUCUGUAUCCGGGAGCCAGUGCAAGCGCCACUGCGGUAAACAACCUCAUGCGAUGCCUAAUGGGUGCUGUCGGGGUCGCUGUCGUGCAACCGAUGAUAGAUGCCUUGACAGCAGAGUAUGCAUUCAUUCUACUUGCUGGCAUCACACUGGCAUUGACCCCGCUUACGUGGGUAGUCUCAAAAUGGGGCCCUGGCUGGCGUCAUGCUCGAGAGGAGCGACUGGGCAGGAAAUAA